CCUCUUGUCUUCUCUAUAUCUUAUUAUAACAUCUUCAUAUCAGCACUAUAAGCAAGCAACGUGUUACGAAGUUGUCAUCUCACGUGUUCGGUAUACCGAACACGUACAAAUCAAACCAUGUACAAAUAAAAAGAAUAAAAAAUGACCAGACUUCGCAUGCAAUGAGAAUGCAUCAUCACCAUCUAAACUUCACAAGGUGUAGAGAGAGCAUACAAGCUCUACAUAUUCCAUCUUUGGAUAUUUCUCUACAUAUUAAAAAGUAUUGCAAUUCGAAAGGUUUAUUUUCAGCGAAUUUAGAACUCACAAUUCAAUGACAGCAGUUUUGAAAGAAAACGAUCUAUCCGGUAUCCGGUAUACCGGUUAAAAUACCGGUAAUCGACUAUCCGGUAUCUGGUAUACCGGAUAACUUUCGGUAUCGAUAUUCGGUGGCAGAAUUUCGAUUGCCGGUAUACCGGAUACCGACCGAUUACCACCCCUAGCUGUACCGUUAGACUAUCUUACCUUUGAUACUAUUGCACCUAUAUUCAUUUGACCUUUGUUGCUACAUUUAUUGGCGAAAAAUUAUUGCUUGUCGAUCUAAAUAGAUUUAUCAAUAUAUAAUAAUCGAUUAGUCGAUAAAUUUUGAUCACGAUGUCUCUUUUAUUCUUUAUUUACAAUGUGAUGAAUGAAAUUGUUUCAAAUUUUUAUAAGCUCAACCUUUUUUUAAUGAGCUUAUAUAUUUACAGAUUCAUUGUAUUCUGUCCUUGUAAUAGGGAUUCGGUUUGAUCGAAUUGACCAAAAUUGGAGAGUCGAAUUUGUAUUUAUCUCCCUGGCUAUUCAUAUUAUUUUCGGAGAGGACAUCAUUAAUUUUAUUUAGUUUUUUCUUUUAAGUAAAGAAAUCCCUAUAAUUGUUUCGGUCACACAUGACCUCAUUCUAAUCGUCCCUUUUCCUGCCAUUUUCCCACUAUCCAAACAGGGGAAAUAAUUAAUUGAUAUAAACACUAUGCUGAAAAUAGAUAAUGAAAAGAAAGGAAGACAAGAAAAAAAAAAAAAAAAAGACCCAUCAUUUCCUUUGUCAUAAUUUCGUUCCUUUCCAUUUUAAUGAAUUCCCAACUAGUAUAUUUCCGCGGUUAGAUUAUUCUUCGUUUCUUCCCAUUAAGAAUGCUCACCGAACUCUCUUUCCCUUCAUUUGUCAGCACAAACGACAUUCAUUUCUUCUUCUUCUUCUUCCUUCCUUCCAUUUCAAAGUUCUUAUAGAGCACAAUUUGGCGACGAGCUAGCCCAGUGAAAUUCCACCGAUUUCGUCAUCUGGGUCUCCAUCGUUUUGCUCAAAGUCGCCGCCUUUUUGGGUUUAAUUUACAGACCCGGGCUCCUGGUUCCUAAUUAACCACAUGGACGGCAGCUUGGGGUUGGUGAGCCGACUCUCAGAGUUAGUGAAUGAGAUUUCUGGGCUGUCCGAGUGUGGGAAUGUGUGCAACAAGGUGCAGGUCAACUUGGUGAGACGAAUUGACCUCUUGGGACCCAUGUUUGAGGAAUUGAAAGAUGUCAAUGAAGAGCUGAGCGAGGAAGCCGCUGGAGGGUUUGAGCUGUUGAGAAUUGCUCUGGAAUCUGCUCUGAAGCAUUUGAGGACGGUCAACGCAAGCAGCAAGGUUCAUCAGUCCUUACAUCGAGACAACAUAGAAGCUGAAUUCCUCCAAAUAACAGAACAAAUGGAAGAAGCAUUGAGCAAGAUUCCUUACAAAAAGCUUGAUUUGUCAGAAGAAGUUAAGGAACAGGGAUUGCUGAACUCAAUUUAUCAGAGAUGUCAUUGUUCGGUGUAUGACAACUUGGGGUUGGUGAGUCAACUAUUGGAGCUUGUGAAGAGCAUCUCUGGGUUGCCCGAGUGUAGAAAUGUCUGCAAAAAAAUGCAUGGAAAUUUGGUGAGGAGGAUCAAGCUCUUGAGUCCCAUGUUUGAGGAAUUGAAAGAUGGUAACGAAGAGCUGAAUGAUGAAGCGGUUAUAGGGUUUGAUCUGUUGAGAACUGCUCUGGAUUCAGCUCUGGAGCAUCUGAGGACAGUCAAUGAAGGGAGCAAGGUUUAUCAGGCCUUGUAUCAGGAGGACAUAGCAGCUGAGUUCCACCAGAUUACUGAACAGAUUGAAAUAGCAUUGGGAAAGAUUCCUUACAACAAGCUUGAUUUGUCUGAGGAAGUCUGGGAACAGAUUCAGCUUGUGCAUGCUCAAUUCCAAAGAGCAACCGCAAAACCUGACUCUCCCGAUGUGCAACUGGAUCAUGAUUUAGCUGUUGCACAAAGAGAAAGAGAUCCAGACCCUGCAAUACUGAAGCGGCUUUCUGAAAAGCUUCAACUCAAGACAAUCGAGGAUCUUAAAAAGGAGUCCAUUGCGUUCCAUGAGUUAAUAAUUUCAAGCGAGGGAGAUCCUGAAGACUUGUUUGGGAAGAUUUCUUCUAUUUUCAGAAAGUUGAAGGACUUUGUUCAAGUUGAAAACCCAGAAGAUGCUGAUGCUCCUAAGGCUGACAAGGAAUUCCUUAAGCACAGGUCUCCUGUCAUCCCAGACGAUUUCCGUUGCCCUAUAUCUCUUGAACUAAUGAAAGACCCCGUUAUUGUCUCUACCGGACAGACAUAUGAAAGAUCUUGCAUUCAGAAAUGGCUAGAUGCUGGCCACAAGACAUGUCCAAAGACCCAGCAAACCCUCUUGCACACUGCACUAACACCCAACUACGUGUUAAAGAGUUUGAUAUCCUUGUGGUGCGAAAGCAAUGGCGUUGAGCUACCUCCUAAGCAUCAAGCUGCUUUUAAGAACAGGAAACUUGGGAGCAGCACCGUUUCGGACUGUGAUCAGACCACCAUUGCUGCAUUGCUUGAUAAGCUGGCGAAUGGUAACCCAGAACAGCAGAGAGCAGCUGCUGGAGAGCUUCGGUUGCUUGCGAAAAGGAAUGCUGACAACAGAGUGUGCAUCGCCCAAGCAGGAACCAUUCCUCUUCUCGUGGAAUUACUUUCCUCUCCUGAUGCUCGCACUCAAGAACAUGCUGUCACAGCGCUUCUUAACCUCUCGAUAAACGACGGGAACAAGGGCACAAUCGUCAACGCGGGAGCCAUACCCGACAUCGUGGAUGUUCUGAAGAAUGGAAGCAUGGAGGCGAGGGAAAAUGCGGCAGCUACCCUUUUCAGUCUGUCGGUCGUGGAUGAGAACAAGGUGGCGAUAGGAGCAGCUGGCGCAAUCCCAGCGCUGAUCAACUUGUUAUGUGAGGGAUCGCCACGUGGCAAGAAGGAUGCAGCCACUGCUAUUUUUAAUCUCUCGAUAUACCAGGGGAAUAAAGCAAGAGCAGUUCGGGCUGGGAUCGUGCCACCAUUAAUGAGACUGUUAAAGGAUGCUGGCUGCGGGAUGGUGGAUGAAGCUCUGGCAAUCCUCGCAAUCCUUGCUAGCCAUCAGGAAGGAAAGGUGGCAAUCGGGUUGGCGGAUCCAAUUCCGGCACUGAUGGAAGUGAUCAGAACAGGAUCUCCUCGCAACAGGGAGAAUGCAGUGGCCGUGAUGUGGUCCUUAUGCACAUGUGGCGACAUGCAGCAGUUGAGGGCAGCCAAGGAGUUGGCCGCAGAGGAGGCAUUGAAAGAAUUAGCAGAGAGUGGCACUGAUAGGGCGAAACGGAAGGCUGGGAGCAUACUGGAGCUACUCCAGAGGGUUGAGCCAGCAGCCUAGUCAAAAGCCCGAUUCUUUAAUCAUCCAGGUACAAAUUCUGAACACAGUUGCAGUUUAUGUGAAAAGCUGUGUCUUGGCGCGUACCUCCGAGGCUACCCCAACCCGAAUGGGAGUGGGCAAGUCGGGUGGUAGUCACCAUGGAGGUUUCCUGAGAAUGUAGUGUGUGUGCAAUCAAGUUGUUGGGUACUAGAGGUGGGGGUGCAUAGGCGGAUUGUAAGAAGCAGCGCGUUGGUGAAGCAGCGCGUUGGUUGGAUGUCAAACUGGUUUUUUGAUACACUGUAUAAUAGUUGGAGGGCUAAGUUUGGUGGCUAAUUGUUUAUUCCAUUUGGAAGAGAUCAAGCCGGCAUCAUUUGAGACUUGGUCUGGUCCUCAAAUAAAGCUUUGCAGCAAGACAGCGAGGAUUAUGAUCAGCUGCUGCAAAUAUUAGAAUGUAAAAAAGGAGAGGAAAAUGUGUGGUGGGAUUGUGAUUGAUACAUACAGGUAUACAGAAGAAAGAGUCAAAGUAAACUUACACUUUUGUUUAGUUGUAUAAUAUGUGAUGUCGCCAUAGUGGAUGCAGUUGUAUUCGACAGAUGGAAAAGAAAAGCAAAUUAUGUAUAGGGUUUCCAUGUAGCUGUCAAUGUGAGUCCUUUCUUGCGGCUUUUUGUUUGAUGGUAUUGUUUAAGGGGAUGCGGUUUGUAUGGAACAGGUCAUGUAAUACAAGUUAUGGAGGGAAUUUUGUUGUUGCUGUACGCAUGGAGGAUUACUGUUUUAUAAUGAAAUUUUGUUACUGCUUCCUGUUCAUGACUUUCUACUCCAGCCUUUCAAUACCAAUUCGGUUAAACUUAACGUUUCGUUAUGAUUCGAACAAAGCCUUGUGCUUCCUUAAUUGUUGUUAGCAUCUAUCUAUUUCAUCGCCUGUGUUAGCAUCUACCGAAAUGGAGAAAGAGUACCUUUAAGGGCGACGACUACAAUUGAUGAUAGCAAAGCCUAGCCGUAUAAGGGCGAGCAGCUCGUAUAGCAAGUCGCGGAAAUAGCAAAUGGCAGUCACAUCUAGCUUUCAUCCCUUAGUUUGGUACCACCCUCUCGCAAGAUAGCCUAGUACCAGUACUUGGAUUCACGAGAAGUGGUGCUGGCAGGACCCGUCGGGACUGGGGGAGCAGUGAUUAGAUCUCGGUGGUGGCUUGGGCCAUAAAUCAUAAGCAGAAGC